AAGAGCUACCAUCAUCCUCGGUUCACUUCCUUUUCCAGUCCAGGCGGCUCUGGUCAUAUGAUAAACGGUCAACAGACGGAAAACAGACGAGCAGACGGACUGAGGGACACAGGGGGAACACUCCUCACCGUGCAAACUUACAUUCCAAGGAACCAUGUCUGUGGUGAAGUUGGAGGAAUGUCGAGAGCGAAUUUGCAGAGAACUUGACAAAACAGUGGACUUCUGGCUGAAAUACUCUCACGACACCGUGCAUGGAGGCUUUUUCACUUGUAUUGGGAGGGAUGGAAAGGUGUUUGAUGAGCUGAAGUAUGUCUGGUUGCAGGGCAGGCAGGUAUGGAUGUAUUGUCGUCUUUACAGAACCAUGGAUCGCUUCCACAAACCAGAAAUUCUCGAAGCUGCAAAAGCUGGAGGGACAUUCCUGAGAAAGUUUGCUCGCAUUAUGGGCAGCGGUGGCCAGUGGAAGUGUGCCUUCUGUUUAACUAGGGAAGGGAAAGCAGUAAAAAUUCAGAGGACCAUAUUCAGUGAGUGUUUCUACGUCAUGGCAAUGGAUGAACUGAGCAGAGCCACCGGUGACACGGAUAUGCAGUUGGAGGCUGAGCAGAUGAUGGAGCAGCUCAUUUACUGGGUUCAGGUGGACUCUUCAGGCCUGGGCCGCCCCCAUCUUCCUGGAGAUGUUCCUACCAAUAGCAUGGCUGUUCCCAUGAUGCUGCUGUGUCUCGUGCAGCAGAUCACUGAAGGAAGGGGGCAAAAGGUGGCAGAGAAGUACAGGGACCUGGGCAACUGGUGUGUACAGCAGAUUCUCCAGCAUGUGCAGAGAGACGGCACAGCUGUUUUAGAGAAUGUGUCAUUUGAUGGAACAGAGCUGCAGGGUUGCCAGGGCCGACUUCAGAACCCAGGCCACGCUCUGGAAGCAGGCUGGUUCCUGCUGCAGUACAGCACCCAGUGGGGGGACAAGGAGCUCCAGAAGACAGCCAUAAGCAAGUUUGUGGAAGUCCCGUAUCAAUCUGGCUGGGAUAAGGAGCAUGGGGGCCUUUUUUACUUUCUUGAUGUGGAUGGCAACUGUCCCACUCAGUUGGAGUGGAGUAUGAAGCUGUGGUGGCCUCACUGCGAGGCUCUUGUUGCCUUUCUGAUGGCCUACCAGCAGACCAAGAAGCCAGAGCUGCUGGACAUGUUCUCACAAGUAUAUGAAUACACAUUUAACCAUUUCCCUGAUGCUGAGAAUGGUGAAUGGUUUGGAUAUUUGACACAAGAAGGGAAAGUAGCACUGGAUUUUAAAGGAGGGCCGUUCAAAGGAUUCUUCCAUGUACCUCGGUGCCUGUAUAUGUGUGAGCGCAUACUAGAUGAUCUGCUGUCAAACAAGGCCUAAGCUGGAGUCUUUUGGUUUUCUGUUUUUGUUCCUGGGAUUCCUGAUUUGUGGGUCUGUUUGCCAAACUAAAGCACAAAAGUCAAUGUACAGGCAAAAUUGCACCCAUCUAAAUGCAUCUUUCUGCAAAGCUGUUUUGUCUGUCCAGUCGUCAUUGUUAUGUAGUUUCCUUUGCAUCAUUUUGUUUUGUUCUCUCUUUCUUUUUUUCUGUCUUGUCAGAGCUUUUUUUCAUCUAGUUAACUCUUGAAUGAAAUGAAAUUGUGAAUUAGAUGCGUUUCCAGAAACUGGUGUGGAGCAAAUUUGUAGUUAUGCUGUGUUGUGUCACCAGCACGUGGUACUGUGGGCUAUAUUACAUAUGGGUCUAAUCAAGAGAGUAGACGAUGUAGAGCAGGGAUGUCCAACUCCAGUCCUCAAGCGCCAACAUGUUUUGAAUGUUUCCAUCUUCCAGCACACCUGAUGGUUGUUAUCAGGCUUCUGCAGAGCUUGAUGAUAGGCUUAUCAUUUGAAUCAGGUGUGCUGGAAGAGGGAUGCAUCUAAAACAUUCAGAAUAUCAGCCCUCGAGGACCAGGAUUGGACCCCACUGAUGUAGAGCAUUCUUUUUUCAUCUUUUGUGGCUGUGAUGUAGUGUCACAUCAUAGGGGGAGACACAUGAAUGCACAGCAAGCUGCACUACCACUGUUAUAAACUAAAACAGCUGGUGCUAGUAUAACUACCAAUAGCUAGAGCAAAUGUCCAUAACUGUAUUAACAGUGGAUAUACUACUACUGCAGCUGUUAGUACAAAUAAUAGAGACCUCUACCAUCUAUGUAACUAUGUAACAAACACUAUUACAACUAUAUGGAUAAGUGAGUGAUGACAAUGAAGGCAGGGGAGAAGUAGGACUACAGCAGCAGGUCUAGAGAUGAUCCAGGGAAAACCUGUGAAAUGAUAAAAUAGACUCUGGGGUAGAGGUCAAGUCAGUAACAUGAAUGUAUUUGCUGGGGUGUGAAUAGAGGAGAGGAGGAGCAGAGGGGAGGUCAGACAGGAGGAGGAGGUGAGAAGAGCUCAGAUUGAGAGAGAAUUCAGUUACUUCAUUAGUCCACACAACUUGUUGUACCAGACAUGUUUCCUCCCUUUAUUGGAAUAACUGGAAAUGUUCAUCAGGAAACAUUUAUUAUUUAAAAAUGCAAAGUGAAGAAUGCAAAAACACUUCAAGUGAGCAAAAAAGUGCUAGAUUUUAAAAUGCAUAUUAAAUAUGUUCAUGGAAAUGCACGUAAUGAUGCAAAAUAGUAGGUAAUACUUCUGCUCAAAUAUGCUAAGACUAAAGUAACAAGCCUGUUAUUUUAUGAUAUUUCUGUUAAAAUGUAGGGAACAAAGAGAAGUUGUCAGAGAAAUAAAUCUAGUUAAGCAGAGAUGUGGGAAAAAUAUAGCAGAGGGCAGUACAGGUACUAAUUACUUCCACCUCUGGUACCUAAACUUGGCUCUACUCACUUUUGGUACCUGGGAUUGUGCCCAUUUUUCCAUCAACACCAUCGGUUCAUUCUCCAGACCACUCCAUGAAGGUCUAUGACGGAUUUGUCUUGGAAUCAACUCAUGUUUUGUGUGGGCUUUGAGUGAGAAAGGGAUGUCACUGAUCCCAGCACUGCCCCAUGUGUCUACUAACAUCACAGUGACUUGGUAUAAUAUGAUGUGCUUCGGAUAGAACAGUUAACUGACUCAUUUCUACUCUGACAUUUUUGGAGAAGGCGCUCUCUCUAUCUCUCUCUCUCCUUUUUGGAUUUAGACAUGUGCUUAAAAUAUAACAAACAACUCCAAGGUAUUCUUUUAACAUGAUUAAAAUGCAACGCAGUCAUGUUAGACCCUUUAAAAUCACAUCUUGAUAUAUUUAGGCAUUAAACCUUCACAAGGAAGUCAAAAGGCAUUUUAAAAUAGUGCCUUGGAGUUAUUUAGCGUUUUUACUGUAAAAACAUGAGUUAUAGUUGAGUACAUUAAAAGUGCUUGGAGAUCUGAAGAGAAACUGAAGACAGUCUCAUAAGACCCAUGGCUUUUCUGAGUAAUUUAACAGAAUUGCCAGCAAAGAUUAUGAUAAAUAAUGUUGAAAGCAAAAACACAAUACUGCAAUGGGUAUAAAGGGAGAAAAACAUAAUUUGCAUCUGAUCUAAAUCAGUUUUAAAAUGAUGCAUGAAAUGUCUUUGUUGAAUACUCAGUUCUGAUCAUGUUAUCAUCUGAAUCCUUUUUGUAUGUCAAUAAACUAAUUUUUUAAUUAAUUAGUA